AUGGCACCAAGACAAGCUGUUUCCUGGUUCUCCGCCAACAACGACUACCUCGCGGCACCUCGUGCCAUUGAGAUCUUCACGGACGGCUCCUACGUCGAUUGGAAUCGUGCCGCAGGCUGUGGGUUCGUUUUUUGGGAGCGAGAUCACUGGGCUUGCCGCGCUUUCGCUCUGGGCCAGGUGACUGGCUCCGCCGCCUCGAGGGGCCAAGGCUCACAAGACGCAGAGAAAUGGGGAAUUCUCUACGCUCUCGACUGGGUGAAGAGUAACUGGGCCCCCGCGGGCGAAUUUGACGUCGUCAUCCUGCGCGUGGACUCGACGUACGCGAUCGGAGACAUCGUUUGGGAGUACGAGCAGCGGAGUGAGCCCAUGCACGACCCCAUCGAGGACGAGAUCGUGGACUUGAUCCACCAGCUGGCAGACGCUGGCAUCACGGUGCAAAUGCUGCACGUUCCGCGAGACUCGUGCCGCGGCAACCAGUUGGCCGACUGGUGUGCCUGGAACGGCCGAGUGGCGACAGAGGAGGGGCACGAUUCGUACGUGUACUUCGGUCGCGUGGAGGACUGA